AUGCCAUCUGCAUGGAAUCCGUUCCUCUACAUCAGCACAGCCUUUAACACCAUCGACAAGGUGAAGUUCGUUCCAGGAGCAAAAAACCCUGAGAAACCGGAGUUCAUUGACCGCUUUCUUUUCUGGCGGCGAUGCGCAUUGCGAGUCGGUGUUUGGGCCUCUUUGAUUUGGCUGUUUCUGAGCCUCAACGAGUUUCAACAGGCAUGGAGAGACGUGAGGGGCAAACUGCAGCAAUUUCCUAUGAUGGUCCGAGUGUACUUUGAGCGAUUCAUAUAUGCGGAGCUGUUUGCCCAGACUCUGUCAGAGAUGGCUGCAGUGGUGGCUGUUUUCGUUUUCAUGCGAGCCUGGAAAGAGCAGGAUAACUUCGAGCGAAGCUCUGAUCUCACCCGUCUUGGCUGGUUCUUCAACACAAUGGGCCCCUUCUUGCCGUACCUCCUGAUUCCGCUCUCCUUUUUCUUCCGCAUCGACUACUUCCAGCGAGAUGUGUGCGCCUCGAUCAUUGGCAUGCUGGCACACGACCCCAUCAGCAGCCUGGUCUUUUCCGAAGCCGCAAGCCAAGCAAGUGAGCAGGAGCUGGCGGCUGCCUUGGCCAACCCCAUGGCCAAACCUCCACGCUUCGGGGAGCCUGGAUUUGAUGAGUCUCCUGCAGCAGCUUGGUGUUGGCGUUUCUACGCCGACUGGCAGCCCCGCCUCUUCAGCGAAGAAUGGAUGGGGAGUGCCAUGAGCGAUGUUGGGGACGGACACAAUGUGAAAGUCCCGAAUAUUUUGGGCACAACGUACCCUGAUGUUGUCCCACAAGCUCUGAAAUUGCUGGCAGCUAUGUUUGGUGCUGGGCAUACGAUGAGCGACGAUUUUUGCGCCGAGAAGGAGCAGGAAACGGUCAUCACCAAGGACAACAUGCAGGCUGUUGGUGCUGAAAGCUCCCUCUUGGAGCAAGGUGCCGGCUGGCUCCACUGGACAUUGCCUGACAGCGAUGAUCCUAUGAUCAUAUCCCUGCGGCAAAAGCUGAUUAAGGUCUACCAGAAUGUCACUCACAGGACACCCUCGGAGGCGGCCUGGGCACACCAGCUCUUAAAGGAAGUCCGAGCGGCGAGCAUGACUUCAUUUCAGCAGCAGUCCGCGGGUGGAUUCUAUUGGCCACUGCCAGAUGCCUUCCAUCCCAGCCAAAAAGCUUCACCCGGUCGAAAGAAGUUCUUCAGGGGCAAAGGCUCGGCAGCAGUGGAUUUUGGCGGCGAUGUGAAGUUAAAUCCAGAGGAACUUUUGCAGACGGACGGACCUGACAUGAGCAUCAUGGCCUCGGGGCUCGGGAAGCAGGCCAUUUGCACCUUCAAGUCGCUGAUGAUAGCUGCCAUGAAGAUGUGUGCGUUUUGCUACAUCUUGGUGACCACGACCGUGAGCAUGUAUUGCGCCGUGAGCUACAGCUUGGGCUUGGCUUCGCUCAUUAUUGGUGUGAUUGACGGUCUAGGUGCCGGGGUGGCAAAUGUCAAGGCAAUCUUGUACCGAUCCUGCUUGCCAGGUUACCUUCAAUCCAUCACAGCCUUCGUUACUUUGCCAGGCAUCCUGUUCAUCCUGGUCUUCUUCUCACAGAUCGGUGGCAGUCCGUUGCUGUCGUUGGCAAUGUGCUGUUUGGCUGUGUGGAGAGCAUUGGACUUCUACAUGGGCGAAAUCGCCAUUGACAUCAAGAGCCCCAAAAAGUUGGAGAAAGCCGUGAAGAGGAUCGGCAAGCACAAGAGUCUUUGCUUGAUGGCCGCAGCUGUGUGCUUUAUCGCACAUACGAUGUGGCUGCUCUAUUCGACCAGAGUGAACGUGAAGAUGGACACAAGUGGAGCGAAGGACGCAAUGGUCAAGGGCUUGCAAGACCCAUUCAAGUUGCUGACUGCGAUUACAAAGAUGAUUUAUGUCCGUGUCUUCACCAACCUGGUCACGACCAAUUGGAUCAUGGAAGCUGUCUUUGAUGCUGCAGAUGACAACUUGAAGGUGAAGAGUGAAUCAGGCAAACACGUCGAAGACUCUUGGGCGAAGCUGACGAAAGGAAAGCGGAAGAAGAAAAAGAAAAAGAAGCAUGAGAGUGAAGAAGAGGAGGGCUACUACGAUGAGGAAGGUUGGUACUAUCCUCCACCUGGUGAAGAGAUGAUGGGAGAAGUGCCCGAAAUGCCUCCUGCAACAGGAGAAGGUGAAGCAGAGGGAGCUGAGGUCAUGGCCGAGGGUGCCGAGGGUGCCGAGGGCGAAGCCGGAGUGGAAGCGCCUGUAGAGGCUCCUGCAGGUGAAGCCACAGCCGAGGCGCCAGCCCCUGCGGCUGCCCCGGCAGAUGCCCCUCCGGGCACAGCAUCGGCCGGUGGGCAAUAG